AUGCAACUGCAUCGGAAUGAUCUCGAAAAAUACGUCCAACUCUACCUGUUUCCCUGCCUCAUUGUGUUCGGAAUACUGGGAAAUGCGCUGAACUUGACGGUGCUGCUGAACAAACGGAUGAGAAGUCGGUGAGUGCAGAGUAAUGGCGAUAAAAGUGAAAUUUUGAUGAUUUUCGGAAAAAAUGAAAUUUUGAUAUCAAUUUGUCGGGAAAAUAAUGUGGAUCUGUCGCGAGAGAAAUUCUUGUUUCGUCGCAGUCGCCUGCCAAGUCGCUAGCCUCGGUUAGCCGUCGCAAAGCAAAAAACAAGAGCAAUUUUACGGCGCGACAAAACCACAUUAUUUUUCCGACAGACUGAGAUUUUCAUCAGCAAGGGCUAUUUUUCCAUAAAAAAUCAAUUUUUCCGCACGAAACUGGCAAAGACAUCGCCAAAGAGUGUCUUUUCUCUGACCGUUCUCCUCAUUUCGCAUGGUCUCUCAGCCUCAAUGAUCGUUGAAUAUCUCGGUUGCCCCUGUAAAUGGAGAGUUAAUAAUUUCAAGAAUUGAUAUUUAAUACCUCCAACACACCUGUGGAAAAUUUGAAGAAAAUCCGGGCGUCGCGCUUGACGCACUUCCCUUGUAAAUUUAUCAGUUUGUCGGGGAAGUAAUGAGUAUUUGUCGCAGCAAAAAUCGCAUCGCUGCGGAGAAAAUGAACUGUUUCGCGGCAAGAUCAAAUUGCUUUCACUCGUUGCCGCAGAACUCUCCCCCUUUUCUGAACCUUCCCCCAAUUUGAACUCUCCCCCUUUUCGAACACUCCCCCUUGAGUGAACCCUCCUCCUUUUUGAACACUUCCCCUCAUUUUGAAAAUUGAAAAAAAUGAGGUGUGACAUGUUAUAUGAUGAAACUUUUUUUCAAAUUGAGAAAAUGAGGUGUGACAUCUUAUACGAUAGAAAAUUUGAAAAAUCGUUUUUUUCAAUUCGAAAAAAGUUUCAUCGUAUAACAUGUCACACCUCGUUUUUUCAAUUUUCAAAUGGGGGAGUGUUCAAAAAAGGGGAGAGUCCAGAUUUUUUGGGGGAGAAUUGAAAAAGGGGAAGAGUUCACGCUCAACCGCUCUCACUUCAGACGCGAUGGUCGCAGCAACAUUAUGCUCAUUAUUUUCCCGACAAUCUUAUAAAAAAUCCUCGUUAUUUUCCCUGUCUAUUAGUUGAUAAUUCAUAUGCCAAUUUCAGCGCCAACACCUUCCUCUCGCUGUUGGCCAUCUCGGACAUUGCAUUCCUCGUCUUCCUGACGCCACACGUCCUCGCCACCUUCCACUUCCUCUACGUGAACUACUACUUCCGCUGGUUCUACUUCCACACCAAGAUCCAUUGGCUGGCGCUGGCGAACUGGAUGUCGGCCGUCGCGAUCUGGGUGGUGAUCGCGGUGUGUGCGGACCGACUGAUUGGGAUUCGCAAACCGUUGUAUAUACGAAGCCAUGUGGCGUCGUACAAGAUGAUGUUGAUUCUGGCGCUGAUUGUGGUGGCGCCGUUUUUGCUGACCUUGUUCCGGCAUUUCGAGCAUUAUUGUCCGGUGAAUAAUUUGUGUUACGAUACGCAGGUGUACUCGAAAUGCUUCCCAAUCACUCAUGAGUAAGUUUUUUUAUUAAAAAAAUACGUUUUUUCUCCACAAUUUUUUUGCAUAAGUUUUGACGUGUUUUGUCCAUAAUGUUCAAAAAAUGUAAAUUUUCAAAAUUUCGACAAAAAAUAAUUUUUUUUGAAUCAUACGUUUUUUCUCCAUAAAGAUUUUUAAUGCAUAAAUUUUAACGUUUUUUGUCCAUAAUGUUCAGGGGCCUGUUUCACUAACAUAAAAAUAAAUAAAAUGAAAAGUAGGGGGGAGCGAGAGAGUAUCGAAAACGCGUUUGCGAUCAAGAGAAACCGGACGAAAAGCAGAAGUAGCCUACUUCUCUUUCGGAGUGACUUUUUGCGUCCAAAACCGGGGUUGGCGGCAUAAUUUUGGCCAUAACUUUUUUCUCAAUUGGUAUUGGAACACCCUUCAAAAAACCAAAUAAAGCUGACGGUUGAGACUACAACAUAUCCAAAUUUCAUUGUUUUAUUUUCAAGAGUAGAUUAGUUAUAUAGCUUAAAGUACAGAGUACAUUUACACUGAAGAUACGAAAUGUUUUAUUUCUCGGUCAAUUUCAAAAUGUUGACGCUUUAAUUUAUACCAGUCGAUAGCCCAUCUUUUUUUCCAUGAGGUUUUUUUAGAGGGUCAAUUGUAGGUCUUAUUAUGGCUGAGUUAUGGCAAAUUUACCUCCAUUUUUGUCAUAAAAAGAGCCCUCAAAUCAAAGGAAGAGGAAAAGUUCGCCCCUUUCGGAACGACUUUUUAUGGUCAAAAAUGGAGGUUACCUAGAUUUAAUUGCCCGUAACUCUAUCAGUUUAUGAUAUAUCGCCACCCCUCAAAAAACAUAAUGUAGCUAAGAAACGGCUCUACACACUGAUAUGAAACUUGUAAUUAUUCUUAUAAACAUUGGUGAGAAAAAUACGUUUUUAUUCCGCGAAGAAGAAAAAACGAGAUGGUUGGCCGUACUACUGUAAAAUUAGCGGUCCACCGGGCUAUAAAAGGAAUUCAAAACACAUAUUGUCUAAAACUACUUAAAAAAUUCUAUGUGUUGUUUUUUGGAGGGUUUCAAUCCGAAAAGUUUUACCCAAGUUAUGGCGAUUUUAAGCUAAAAUUUAGUCGAUUUUCUCAAAAAUGAAAGCACGCGUACUUUACGAUUUUUUUAAGGACGGGUUUUGGCACCACAGCAAUGAAAAUAAUCUUGGUGAUAGCUGAAACUGUCAUCUUCAUUCUAAAUUUUGAAGGGUGUUCCUAGACCAACUGAGAAAAAAGUUAUGGCCAAAAUACUGCCGCGAACCGCGGUUUUGGACGUAAAAAGUCACUCCCGCAAAAGUAGGCUACUUCUGCUUUUCGUCCGGUUUCUCUCGCUCGCAAACGCGUUUUCGAUGCUCUCUCGCUCCCCCCUACUUCUCUUUUAUUUAUUUUUAUGUUAGUGAAACAGGCCCCAGAAAAUCUCAAAUUUUCAAAAAUUGGACAAAAAAUUAUUUUUUAGAAAAUUACGUUUUUUCUCCAUAAAUUUUUUGAAUGCAUAAAUUUUGACGUUUUUUGUCCAUAAUGUUCAAAAAAUUUUAUAUUUUCAAAAUUUGGACAAAAAAAAUAUUUUUUGAAUUCACGUUUUCCAUACCUAAAAAAACCAUUGCAUAAAAUUUCACGUUUUUUCUCCAUAAACUUUAAAAAAUCUCAAAAACUCUGUAAGAUCUCCGAAAGCCAUUCUUCUCCAUAAAUCAAGUCGAUUUUUUUUUUCAGCGUCUGGCAGUCGCACAUGUUCCAAAACACCUUCUCCUACGCGUAUCGCAAGUUCAUCCGGAUGUCCAUCCUGACGAACACCGUCUUCAUCGUGAUGUGUCCGAUUAUUCUGUUGGCCACGUUGAACAUUCUGCUGUUGUGCGCGUUGCGACAACGCUCUUCCGAAAUGUCGCUGAUCCAGGACGACAUCACUACAAAGUAAGGGAGGGAAAUCGGGGAGAAGUCGGGGGGAAAGUAUCAAAAAGUAUCCAGAAAUGGGUUCAGAAGGGGUAGGAAUUGAACUAAAAUUGGUUUACAGGACAAUGUUAAUCCUAAAUAUCACCAAUACGGUUUGAUACUAGACUUUUUUAAUGAGAAAUACCAGAAAAAUCGCAAAGAGCCCCAAAAAAUGUCAAGACUGACCUGCUACUGCCUUAAAACCGUUACAAAUGUCUCUAAAUCCCCUCCAAAUCACCUAAUCCGCCUUCAAAUUACAGUACCCUUCUUAGAACACAGGCUACAUCUGUUUUCAGGCCCUGCGUGAACAACCAAAAGCAUCACAAGACCGAGCAACGCGUUACACUCACCGUAACCCUAAUCGUCACCCUCUUCACGUUCACCAACGGGCCCUCGGGCGUGGUGAGCUUCUUCGACCUCGUCAGCGACACGAACGCCAAGCCCACGUGGUGGUACAACGCCGGCGUGUUCGCCAACUCGUUGGUGGUGGUGGGCAAGGCCAGCAACUUCAUCAUCUUCUGCCUCUUCUCCAAGCACUUCCGCAAACGGCUGUUCGGGCUGGCUCAGAAGAAGGUGCACGAGAAAAUGGGUAAGAAUUUUGGGAAGUGUAGUGGGGGUGGGGUUGGUGAUGAAAAGGUGUGUUUAUUGAUGGGGUAGGUGAUGAAAAAGUGUGUUUAUUAAUGAAACGGCAAAAUUUGAGACUGAAAUUUCUCAAGUCAUAACCAGGGAGUACCUGAAGUGCGACAGUCAGAUUUUGAUGAAAUUUGGCUCAAAUUUAGGCGGAUUUCUUUUUUUUCUCGGCCGUCGUGACUCCAGGUUGCGGGCAACUGACAUUUAGAAUUACGAAUUAGAAUUACAGUGAGUGACUUGAUCCAGAGGCAAAAAGAAGUGUCAUUUUGCAUCCGGGAAGUAUCAAAAAUGUGGCAAAAUGCCUCCCUUUCCAACUAAAAAAAAUCCUUUUUGAACUGCGCGCCCAUUCCCUCACAAAAAAGAGUGAGCGCGCUUUUUGAAAUUGUAGUUUUCCACUUGCAGAGGGAGGUAUUUUGCUGCAUUUUUGAUACUUCCCGGAUACAAAAUGGCACGUUUUUGGCCAAUGGAUCAAGUCCCCCACUCAACCCUUUUUCUACCAUAAUAUACGUAGUGAGGUCGAAAUUUUACAAUGGCAACUGUCUGAUACAGAUACACAAGACUAUUGAGUUCAUCCACCGUUUUCAAAUUUAUAGGAGUUUGUUUUACAAGGAAAGUACUUUUAUGGGGGCUCCUACUUUUUGACGGGACAUAUCUCAAAAAAUCAGAAAAAAUGUGCUGAUCAAGGAUAUAUAAAUCUUAGCUGCCCAUUUUAGGUUUUUAGGGGUGAAAACUCAAUCGGAAGUUGACUUUAGGUCCUAUAUGAACCCCUUUUCGCUUAAUUUUUCACAGGUUUACAAUUUUUAUUUUGGCUUAAAAUGAUGUUUAAUGAGUUUCUAAGACGUAAUAAAUCAGUCUUGGCCCAAAAAUUUAUUUUUCCGACCUUCAACUUCAAAAAAAGCUAAUUUAGCCCAAAAGGGAAAUCGAACCCGUCCGGCGUUCCCCCUCUUGAUUCCCAGACUACGGCACUAACCACUCGGCCACACCGCUCUCUUCCGAAGGAAGAGACCGACUGCGCUUUUUAUCGUUUCGAAUGCCUGCGCCUUUUGUAGGGAAAUUGAGCCAGUUUUUGGGCAUUUUCACCCAUAAAAACCUAAAAUGGGCAGCUAAGAUUUAUAUAUCCUUGAUCAGCACAUUUUUUUUGAUUUUUUGAGAUAUGUCCCGUCAAAAAGUAGGAGCCCCCAUAAAAGUACUUUCCUUGUUAAAACAAGGGUUUUUUGAACUUUUAGAAGUGCCUGGUUAACCUUAUUUUUACUAUUCAAGCCACUUAUAAACCUAGAAAUUUAAUUCGCAAUAUCCAACUGGCGAGCUAACAAUAAAUAGGGCUAAUCCCCUUUGGCAAGAACAAAGACAGUAGAUUUUCUCUCCCCGAAACUCCCACCAUUCCCUGCUCUCUUAACCAAAAAAAGUCUUCAAAAAAAGUAGAGAGCCCGCAAGAUGUCAUUAAUCUUUCUUUUUGGAGUCACUUUUGAAAAGCCUAGUACAGUCUGUCGGGAAAAUAAUGAGCACAACAUCGCUGCGCCAAUCGCGUUGCUGAAAUGAAAAGCAUUUUUAUUUUGCCGACAGAGUUCAUUUUCUCGGCGCCUUCGAUGCUACAGAGUGCUCAUUAUUUUCCCGACAGACUUAUAAUAACCUUUUUUCCGAUGAUUUUUUAAUUCGCUCCACUCAACUCCAGAUAUUUUAGAAUCGCGUCGUCGCUCGUCCAUCCACAAGACCUCGGGGUUGUCGCGGCGCGACACCAGCAGCCGGAAGCCGUCGAGUCAGCCAAUGUUGUUCUAA